GCGUGUUGAGCUUUUAUUCUUGUCGGCUUUUGCUUUUAUCUGCAUAGAUCGUGCGCUUUCGUUAGCUUCUCUACUGUAAGAAAAUGUUUUCAGUUCGUCUAAGAAAUGCAGCUCCUUUCUUAAGCGCUGGUAUUGCGGCUGGAUCGGCAGUUUUGCUUGGAUAUCACGCUUGUUAUGGCACAGCUGUCCAUGCUCGAGAUGAAAACGUUAAAAGUCUAAAGGACACCCAUGUAGUUGUGGUGGGCGGUGGAUAUGGUGGAAUUGCUGCCGCGAAAAAAUUAAAGGAUCAAUGCAAAGUGACAUUAAUCGACGCCAGAGAUGCCUUUCAUCAUAACAUGGGUGCUCAGAGAUCUUCUGUGGAGGCAGGGUUUGCCAAAAAGUGUUUCAUUCCCUACGGACCAACAUUUGGCAAAAGCUUCAAGCAAGGGAAAGUCGUUGAUAUUGAUCUAUCCAUGAAGACGAUAAUGCUGGAAACUGGAGAGAAAAUUGCUUAUGAUGACCUCGUACUUGCAACUGGCACUGGUGGCCCAUUUCCUGCGAAAAUUCCUUUGGAUACAAACAAGGACAAAGCCAUUCAGCGUUACGAGAAGUAUACCAAGCUAGUAAAAGACGCCAUGAAGAUCGGGGUUGUAGGUGGGGGAGCUGUUGGAGUGGAAAUAGCUGGAGACAUCAUGGAGGAUUACAAAGACAAGGCCGAUGUGUAUCUCAUACAUCCCAGGGAAAAUCUAGUCAAUGAUGAAGUUAACGAGACCUUUCAGUCCACGAUCAAGGCAAAGCUUGAAAGUUUAGGGGUCACCAUGUUUCUUGGGGAGCGAGUGAUGAAUAUGGACGAAGUAAAAGAAAAGGGAUAUCAAAACGUCAUGCUAGUCACCGAUAAAGGGAGGCAAAUGAAAGUAGACCUGGUCAUUCCUUGCACUGGUCUAAAAGUGAACACCGAAGCUUACAGGAAAAGUCUAGGAGAUAAAAUGAAUCGACUUGGUCGUCUAAAUGUCGAUGACUUUCUCCAAGUGAAAGAUGUUCCGGAUGUGUACGCGAUCGGGGACUGUAACGAUGUUCCAGAGAUCAAGCUGGCGUAUGGAGCUGAGACACAAGGAAAGUACAUUGCUGACAACCUAAAGCUCAAACAUGAGGGGAAAGCGAUGAAACCUUACAACGUUAACAAGAGUGUAUUCAUGGUGCUGUGCUGCGGACGAUCAGGGGGUGCCGCCCAAGUGUGGAGGGGCUGGGUGUUUGGAGAUUGGUUUGCGUCAAAGAUCAAAGGUCAAAGCGUGUUCACUCCGAUGCAAUGGAAAAAUAUGGGGCAGAAAAUGCCUGAAGAUUAAAUUUUCAUUUUCGUUUGGCCAUGGUUGAAACUCUUAAUAGAUAUAGACUCUCAUUUGAUGACACGUCUUCUUGCAGUAAUUAUUCACUGCUAAGAUAUUUUUCUGGUUGUGUUACACAGUCUCGUCAGUAAAAAUAGAGGUUUUCAC